AUGGCCACCGAUGGCCACGAGGGCCUCAUCCAGCCCAAGAAGGUGCCAAACCCAAUCCGUGAGUCCCGGAGCCACCGGGAGAUGCAUCGGGAGCUGCUCUUCAGCCACAGCAGGGGUCUCCUGCCCCGGCACAGGCCCGAGCUCCCGCGGGUGCUGGAGAGCCGGCGGCUGAGGCAGCUGAGGGAGGAGCUGCAGGGACCUCCCUCCGACCUGGAGCAGCAGCUGAGGAAACGCCACCAGAGGCUUGAGGAGCACGAGCAGGAGGUGGCAGCGGGGCCGGACCCAGCCCCUCGCCCCGAGUUCCUGCUGGUGAGGGACAGCCUGAGGAAGAUGAAGCUGGUGGAGCCGGGCGCCCGGCAGACGUGA